AUGGUACUGCCACAGUACAUUUUUAAAAGCCCAGAAGGUAAACUAGUUAGAUUCAGUCGACAGUCAAGUUCCACUGUCACUCGAACAGAGAAAGGAGAAGACAACUUUCUGAAGUGGUUUCUGUUGAUACCUGCCACCACCUUUCUCGGAACAUGGAAGUUGAAACGAAGGAAGUGGAAGUUGGAGCUGAUCCGUGAACUCCAGAGCCUGACAACUUCAGUGCCUAUCCCAUUGCCUGUAGAGCCGACGGAAAUUAAGGAGCUAGAGUACAGGCGAGUGAAGGUGCGUGGACAUUUUGAUCACUCUAAAGAGUUGUACGUCUUGCCCCGCUCUCCUGUGGAUCCUGAGAGAGAGGCCCUGGAGGCAGGCAGGAUUUCUUCCAGUGGGGAGAGUGGAGCUAAUGUUAUUACACCAUUCUACUGUACUGAUCUGGGGAUCACCAUCUUGGUGAACAGAGGUUAUGUCCUCAAAUAUAAGAUUAGACCAGAAACCAGGAUGAAGGGACAGGUGACAGAGGAAGUGGACCUUAUUGGCAUGGUGCGUUUAUUGGAGCAACGGAAACCAUUUGUCCCUCAAAACAAUGUGGAAGCUAACAGGUGGCACUAUUGUGACCUGGAGGCCAUGGCAAAGGUCACUGCUUCUGAGGAGAUCUUCAUUUAUGCUGUGUUUGACAGCACAAUACCCGGUGGACCAAUAGGAGGGCAGACAAGAGUGACCUUUAGGAAUGAACACAUGCAUGUCAUCACAUGGUAUGGAAUGUGUGCUGCUACCUCCUACAUGUGGUAUGCAAAGUUCAUCAAGCAUAUUGCAUUGUAAAAACUAUUCAGCACUGUGCCCUUAUUUAUGGUGUAUGCUCUAUAGAAUGUCAUAGCUUUUGUGUUGAAUUCAGCACUUUUUGUUGUUAUAGACUUGGAUUUGUUUAAUAAAGCCUUUAUGCGAGCACAAGCAAUUGUAAUGCAAGAAUGAACAAGCUCCGCUGCUUGCAAAUAUAUAGUUCUUUUAUGCAUUAUAUGGAUACAAUGAAACCUUCAGGACAUAAUACAAAGCCUUUGAAGGGAAAAUCUAAAUUGACCUCUAAGACUGAAUAUCUCACAUGAAAGUUGCAUGCCUGAAUAAUAGUAAGCUGUGCGGUUUCAUUUUUGGAAAAGUGUUUCUGUAGGACUAAAAAAAAUAAAAAAAUUCAGACAAAAUUAAAAUUCUCUCAUCAUUUACUCUCAUGCCAUCCCACAUGCAACUUUCUUCUGCUGAACACAAAGAUUUUUUUAGAAGAAUAUCUCAGCUCUGCAGGUAAGUGCAAGGUUACCACACCUGCCAAGCUCCAACAAUCACAAAUGCAGCAUAAAAGUAAUCCAUAUGACUCCUGUGGUUAAAUCUGUCUUCAGAAAUCAAUAUGGUAGGUUUAGUUGAGAAACAGAUCAAUACUUGAGUCCUUAUUAUAAAUCUCCACUUUUACAUUUUGAAAGUGAAAAUGUAUUUAAUAAAAUGAUUGAAAUAGAUUCCAAAGUAGUUGCAUCACUUCAGAAAACAUUAAACCACUGGAGUCAUAUGGAUUACUUUUAUGCUCCCCUUAUGUGAUUUUUGGAGCUUGAAAGGUCUGGUCAUGCUUUAAAACUUGCAUGGAUCUACAGAGAUUAGAUUUUUCUAAAAAUCUUUGUGUUCAGCAUAAAGUCAUACACAUCUGGGAUGGCAUGAAAGCAAGUAAAUUAGAGAAUCUUUAUUUCUGGGUGAACUAUCCCUUUAACUACACCUAAUCUGCAUGUACUAAAUUUAGCAGCAGCAUUUUACUGGGAAAAGGUCUCAAUUAUGAAAACUGUAAAUAUGAAAUUAGAUAUGGCCAUCUAAAUCUAUAUGGUGGUUUAAAUUAUGUUCAGGUGCAGAUCCAAAAUUAAAGAUCAAGUAGUGAAUUAGUCAUUAUACGGUGUCUAAAUGUAGAGUUUUCACUAAUGAUUUUGAAAUAUUUAAGCAGAGUAACCAAAAACACAUUUUGAAAAGUUUGUUAAACCUACUUCAAAAAAAAAAAAAAAAAAAAAAAAGUAAAA